AUGGUUAAACAAAGAGAUCAAUUAUGGAAGUAUGUGGAAGAUUUAAAAGGGCGUUUCAAAUGUAAAUUUUAUAACAAGGAGUAUGCAGGUGGUAUUUCAAGAGUAAAAUAUCAUUUAGCUUGUUUGAAGGGAAAUGAUGUUGGGAUAUGUAGCAAUGUGCCUGAUGAUGUCCAUGCUGAGGCACUCCAUGCAUUAAGUAAGAAAAAUAAGAAAGCUAAGACUGGAGAAAAUUCCACUGCAUGUAAUGUUGGAACUUCACAAAACCCCCUAGAUAGUAGAGCACAUAUAGGUCAGUCUUCAAGUCUUCAACAACCAAGUGUAGAUGGAAUGUUUAAACAGAAAAGCAAGGAUGAAGUUGAUGAUGAUUUGGCUCGUUGUUUCAUUUUGAAUAACAUUUCCUUUAAUGUUAUUCAAACUCCUAGUUUCAUUCAGAUGAUACGUUCUGCUUGUUGUUAUGGUCUAAGUUAUGCCGUACCUAGUUAUUCUACAUUGAAGACCAAAUUGGUACAAAGGGCAAGGAAGGAUAUUGAAAGUUAUGUUGCUUUAGUCAAGGACUCAUGGUCUACUACAAGAUGCACUAUUAUGUCUAACAUAUUGACUGAUAUGAAAAAGCGUUCCUUCAUUAAUAUUAUUGCAUAUUCACCCAAGGGGGUUGUUUUCCUCAACUCUUUUGAGUGCUCUAAUUCUUCUAAGACUAGACUAUUUCUUGAAGAUAUACUUGAGCCUAUAAUAGAGGAAAUUGGACCAAAGAAAGUUGUUCAACUUAUCUCAGAUAACACUUCCAACUAUGGGGCUGCAAUUUCUUUGAUUAUGGAGAAAUAUCCUCACAUUCAUAGAGUAAGGUGUGGAGCCCAUGGAGUGCAAUUACUAUUAAAGGACAUUGAUGCACAAAUUUCAUGGGUAAAAGAAGUAUUUGACAAGGCAAAGUUGGUUGUUGAUUUUAUGUACAAGCAUGGGAUUGUUUUAGCUUUAAUGAGGGAAUGCAUAGGAGGCAAAGAAUUGAAAAAACCUUGCAAGACCAGAUUUGCCUCUAAUUUUUUAAUGCUUAAAUCUAUUCUUGAUGUUGAGGAUGUGUUGAGAAUUAUGGUUGCAUAA